AUGCAACAAAGAUUGAGCAAGAGAAGCUGUACUACUGCAGUGCCAACACCAGCAGAAUCCGUUAGUGCCGGAAAGAAGCCGUGUGCUGAAGAGGCACCUGCUAGAAGAAACAAAAGGUCAAUUACGACCCCAUCUAAUGUCAAUAUCAAUGUUGUUGAAAGAAAACUGUUUAAUUUGGAGUUAGAAAGGCAACAUCACCGUGUUAGGGAUUUGACCAAGAGCAAACAAAACGGAAGUUUUAUUGCUGAAAAUACUGAUCCGGAUGCAAAUAGAAUAACGCAAGAACAGAAACAAAAUACAACGGUUAAAGAGCCUACUAGAAAACAGCCACUAUCUUCAAGAAAGAAGAGCCCACCCAGAAAGAACAAGAGCUUAAAAGACUUGAUAUAUGAGACAAACAAGACACUCUAUCAAGUGGAUUCCAACAAGGUUAAAUACAAAGUAGGCCUAUCCAAAAAACAGCUCUCAUCGCCAAAAGCAGAAAAUAACCAAGCUUAA